AUGGCUAGUGAGGAGAGUUUUGUUGUUCUGGUUCACCACAGAGGAUCCAUAAAGAGGAAAACUCGUUCCAGAGUGAAGUUCACAGAUAAAGAUCCUCUCUGUAUUGUCGUAACUCCUCGGACGAGCUAUGAUGACCUUGUUAGAUCUGUACUGACGAAGCUCGAUCUGGAAGAUGCGAAGCGGGUGAAGAAGUUUUUCUAUCGCAUUUCAGUCACGGUGCUCCAGGAUACCGUGAAGUAUGAUUGUUUCACGAUUAGUAGUGAUGAGGACUUACAGGUAAUGUUUCUUUGUCGGCGGCAGUUUCCGGAGGUCAGGACCCCAGAGUUGUUGGCAAAGCUGGUUGAUGUGGUAUCCAGCUCAGGGGGUUCGAACCGGAAUACCACCACUUUAGCCACACCAGCCGGUUCUAGUUCCCGGCCUGCCGUUGCUUCUUCCUCCAUCGCUGUUUACCAGCCAGUGGUCCAAGCUGUCGCCUCCCCGUCUUUUGCUGUUGAUCUCAACGGCAGCAUAGGUGAAGACGUACAUUCAAGGGAAAAUCUGCCGGACGAUUUACUCGGUGUUGCACCGCUUGGCGUUGGAGACGGAGUGUUGGGUGAUGCAGAUGAGGAUGACAUCGAGCCAGAUAUGAUUGACGAUGACAGCGGCGAUGAUAUUGGACCGAGUGAGCCUGCAUUGGCGGCGGGUGGUUCUAGCACUGGCACACAGCAGUAUCCACCACAUUUUUCCUCUUUGGACUUGGAUGCCAUGAGGCAGGAGGGGGUUUUUGGGCACUCUGUUGGAUUCGGAGCUAGAGAUGCGGAAGGGACUGCUGGUCUGACAGAGUUCCAGGUUGGUCAGCAAUUUCAAGAUAAAGAUGAGGCCCUUUUAAGUGUGAAGACUUACAGCAUCCAGCGAGGGGUACAGUACAAGGUAGUGGAGUCCGAUCAUCGCCGGUAUGUGGGCAAGUGUUCCGAGUUUGGGAAUGGGUGCACAUGGUUGAUUCGGCUGAGUCUCCGGAAGCGCAAGGGCAUUUGGGAGGUCAAACGGUACAAUGGACCUCACACUUGCCUGGCCACAUCCAUCUCGAGUGACCACAGGAGCUUGGAUUAUCAUGUGAUUUCGGCGUUCAUUAUGCCAAUGGUUAGGGCUGAUGCAUCCGUCAGCAUAAAGGUGCUCCUGAACGCCACCGCAGCACACUUUGGGUUUAGGCCGACAGGAAGGUCUGGAUGGCAAAGCAGAAGGCUAUUGCCCUCAUCUACGGUGAUUGGGAUGAGUCAUACAACGAGAUACCUAGGUGGGUGUUGGGUGUCCAGCUGA